GCCGUGACGCAGAACGUGCGCGCCUCGGCGACGCGGCUUCGGGAUGCAGCGGGCGGCGCUCGGUGUGUUCGGGGCCCGGCCGGGGCAGCUGGGCUCCUGGCCCCUGGCCCGGCUGUUCCAUGCCGGCCUGCAGCUGUUGGCGACAAAUAAGGAGCUCCUGCUGCGACUUCGGAAGAAAACGGGCUACUCCUUCGUGAACUGCAAGAAAGCCUUGGAGACAUUUGGCAACGACUUUGAGCAGGCUGAAGUCUGGCUCCACAAGCAAGCUCAGAAGGAAGGAUGGAGCAAAGCGUCCAAGCUGCAGGGCAGGAAGGCGAAAGAAGGGCUCAUUGGAGUGCUGCAGGAAGGGAAUAUGGCUGUGAUGGUGGAGGUGAACUGUGAGACAGACUUUGUGGCCAGGAAUGCCAGGUUCCACCAGUUGGUUCAGCAAGUGGCAGUUGGGAUCAUGGUCCACCAUCAGGAUGCUGGGAAACAGCUCACGACAUAUGUCAAGCGCUUUCUGAAGGCGGAGGAUCUUUCCCAGCUCAGAACCGUGCCUGAAGGCAGGCUUCUGAGUGACCAGGUGGCCCUGGCUAUAGGGAAGCUGGGCGAGAACAUGGUGCUAAGGCGAGCUGCCUGGGUGGCCGUGCCCGCUGGUUGCUACAUCGGCUCCUAUGUCCAUGGGAGUCUUCCGACAGGUGCUCCCUCCCUGAUCAAGGUGGCCCUGGGCAAAUACGGUGCCUUGGUGAUCUGUGAGGCUUUGGCCGAUAGCCUGGGCACCAGCCUGGUGGAUGUGGGCCGGAAGCUGGGGCAGCAUGUUGUGGGCAUGGCACCUCUGUCCUUGGGGACCCUGGACGACGAGCCUGGAGGUGACACAGAGACGAAGAUGCUGGCUCAGUCCUUCCUGCUGGACCCUAACCUCAGCCUGGGCCAGUACGUGCAGCACCAUGGCAUAUCUGUGCUGGACUUUGUGCGUUUCGAAUGUGGGGAAGAUAUUGAGCUGCCGGGAGCCCAGGAGUCUCAGGAAGAGGAUGGAAUGCCUCUCCUUGCUUCACCCCCGGCCUAGGGGGUUUAAGGCUGGCUCAGGGCCUGCUCCCUCAUGGGAGGUCUGGCCAAGGGACAUUGCAAGGUCCAAGGGGGGGGGGGGUCUCUGCAGAGCCAGUCUGUGGGAUUGUGCAGCUGCUGGCAACAAAGCAAGCACCAGUAAAUAGGUGUUUGGUAUAAUGCAGGU